CCAGCACUUCAUCCUCCUCUUCAUCAUGGCCUUCCUCUGGAUCGUGUCCUGCCUCGCCUUCGUCAGCGCCGCCUACGGCUGCGGCAUCCCCGCCAUCGCCCCCAAGGUGACUGGCCACGCCCGCAUCGUCAACGGCGAAGAGGCGGUGCCUCACUCUUGGCCCUGGCAGGUGUCCCUGCAGCAAUCUAGCGGCUUCCACUUCUGUGGAGGAUCUCUGAUCAACGAGAACUGGGUGGUGACCGCCGCUCACUGCAACGUCAAGACCUACCACGUAGUGAUCGUCGGAGAGCACGAUAAGGGGUCCGGCUCCAACGAGGACGUCCAGCGCCUGAAGCCCUCCAAGGUGUUCACCCACCCCGGAUGGAACCCCAGCACCAUCAACAACGACAUCUCCCUCAUCAAGCUGGCCUCGCCCGCCCAGCUCGGAACCAACGUGUCACCCGUCUGUCUCGCCGAGUCCACCGACAACUUCCCCGCCGGCAUGAACUGCGUCACCACCGGGUGGGGUCUGACCCGCUACAACGCUCCCGGGACGCCCAACAAGCUGCAGCAGGCGGCGCUCCCCCUUCUGUCCAACGAGCAGUGCAAGCAGCACUGGGGCAGCAACAUCUCCGACGUGAUGAUCUGCGGCGGAGGAGCCGGAGCCACUUCCUGCAUGGGCGACUCCGGCGGUCCUCUGGUCUGUCAGAAGGACAACGCCUGGACUCUGGUCGGUAUCGUCUCCUGGGGAAGCAGCCGUUGCUCCACCUCCACCCCCGCCGCCUACGCCCGUGUUACGGAGCUCCGUGGCUGGGUAGACCAGAUCCUCGCCGCCAACUUGUUCCUCUGCUCGGGUGGAAAACCCUCCGUCUGCUCCACCUGCUGUGACUCCCACGUCCCUGAUAAGGUGUCCCGCCGCGUCUCGUCCAAUCAGCUCGCUGCCUGCUCCUAUAAGAGCUCCUCGCUCAACGAGGCCCGGCAUCAUCUCGCCAUGGCCUUCCUGUGGAUCCUGUGCUGCCUCGCCUUCGCCGGCGCCGCCCACGGUUGCGGCUCUCCCGCCAUCUCCCCCGUCAUCACCGGUUACUCUCGUAUCGUGAACGGCGAGGAGGCGGUGCCUCAUUCCUGGCCCUGGCAGGUGUCCCUGCAGGAUUACACCGGCUUCCAUUUCUGCGGCGGCUCCCUGAUCAAUGCGGAGUGGGUGGUGACCGCCGCUCAUUGCAACGUGAGGACGUCCCACCGCGUGAUCCUCGGAGAACACGACCGCUCGUCCAACGCCGAGGGAAUCCAGGUCAUGAACGUCGGCAAGGUGUUCAAGCACCCGGGCUACAACGGCUUCACCAUCAACAACGACAUCCUGCUGGUCAAGCUGGCCAGCCCCGCCCAGAUCAACAUGCGUACCUCCCCCGUGUGCGUGGCCGAGACCGCCGACAACUUCCCCGGGGGCACGAGGUGCGUGACCAGCGGCUGGGGGCUGACCCGCCACAACGCUGCUGACACCCCCGCCCUGCUGCAACAGGCCGCCCUCCCCCUGCUCACCAACGAUGAGUGCCGCCGCUUCUGGGGCAACAAGAUCACCAACCUGAUGAUCUGCGCCGGAGCCUCCGGGGCCUCCUCCUGCAUGGGUGACUCCGGUGGUCCUCUGGUCUGCCAGAAGGCCGGAGCCUGGACCCUGGUCGGCAUUGUGUCCUGGGGCAGCGGAACAUGCACUCCCACAAUCCCCGGCGUGUACGCCCGCGUCACCGAGCUCCGCGCCUGGAUGGAUCAGACCAUCGCUGCCAACUGAGCACCUUGUGGACGUGACCGUCAAUAAAACACAGAGUCUCUAAA